AUGGCGAAUGCCGAACCUGGGGCGCGUGUCGCCUCGCCGCCCGUGCCCGACGAUGAACAUACAUUCCCGCAUUUCCCGUCCACUCGGUCCGAAGCACCCGGAAACGCGCCUAGCAUCAUCUCCUCGCGCAUGACCGACAUCAUGUCCGACGACGGCAAAGGUCCUGGCGCUGAUGCUGGCGGUGCGACGUCUCUGCGGGCACAGGCGGCAUCUCGCGCAUCGGCACGUCUGUCGCAACAGCCACAAAACUUCCAACCUCUCCGCCGCGGCCUGUCCGGAAAGCGCUCGAGCGCAGCAGGGAGCAGCCACAGCGGCAGUACGGCUGGAGUGGCAGCCUACGGCGGCCGCCCCGUCAGUUCGACUCAGCGCAGCCACGUUCCCUCGCUUACUUCGCAUGCCUUCUUCCACCCGAUGAGCUCCCAGAAGCUGCAGGCUCAGCGCGGCGGCGUCACACGGCCACGGCAGUCCCAGCUCGGCCUGCAACAGCCUCAACAGGCCAGCGCUGCCGAGUCGUCUGCUGCAACCAUUGGUUCGUCCUCUCAAGCCGCUGCGCAGCAGACCGCCAUGCCAACAGCACGACCCAUCUCGCGCGGCUCCGAAUACACCGACCAGAUGACCGUGGACCGCAUCACGGCCAACACCAGCCCGACCGGCGGCUUCUAUGCCGCGGCGUCUCUCACAGACAGCAUCCGGCCACUCCGCCAGCCGAGCCAGUCAAGGCCAGGCGGCCCAGCUGAUGGUCUGACAAUCCGAGUCGACAAGGCCCUCAACUCGGGCCACGUCGACAACAUGCCGACUCCCGUACGCACACCCAAGUCGUUCCGUUCGAGCUUCAUGCUGCCCGGUAAGGGCAACAGCGGCGGCGAGUCCGGCGUGAACCGCGACAUUCAGGGCGGCGAGAAGCUUGAGUCCGUCGCGUCGACGCCCCAGCGCAGCCCCUCGGCUACCUCCCAUCCUUCGAAUGGCACGCAUGUCAAUAGCGGCAGCGUAGUGGGUGACCGCAGAAAGGUUGCAAGUGGCGGCGCUGGGACUGCCGGUAACGACGGCGGCCUUGGCGGCAGCAAGAAGGUCAUGUCUGGCAAGAACUACCAGUUUUUCCAAGGAAACACGGUGUUCUGCUUUGGCGGUCGUUUCGAGAACACAAAGUCCCGGCCCAUUAACAUUGCCACCGGUGGCCUGGUCGUGAUUCCCUGCAUCCUCUUCUUUGUCUUCUCCGCACCAUGGCUGUGGCACAAUGUGUCCCCGGCUAUUCCCAUUACGUUCGCGUACACUUUUUACAUUUGCCUGUCGUCCUUCUUCCACGCAUCGGUGUCCGAUCCAGGCAUCUUGCCCCGCAACCUGCACCUUUUCCCGCCCCCGGACGAGAACGAUGAUCCUCUGCGCCUGGGUCCCCCAACCACCGACUGGGCGCUCAUCAAGUCCAGCGAGUCCUCUACGGCCGCUAUGGAGGUUCCUGUGAAAUACUGCCGGACCUGCAACAUCUGGCGCCCGCCCCGCGCCCACCACUGCCGCAUGUGCGACAACUGCGUCGAGACCGCCGACCACCACUGCGUCUGGCUGAACAACUGCGUCGGCCGCCGCAACUACCGCUUCUUCUUUACUUUUGUCUCCUCGUGCACCGUGCUGUCGCUGUACCUGAUGGGCGCCUCCCUCGCUCAGAUCUUGGUCUACAGCCACCGCGAGCACGUCUCGUUUGGCGCCGCCAUCGGCCACUUCCGCGUUCCCUUUGCCAUGUUCAUUUACGGCAUCCUCGCCUGCAGCUAUCCGGUGCCACUCAUGGGCUACCACUUGUUCCUGAUGGCCCGUGGCGAGACUACCCGAGAGUUCUUGAACUCGCACAAGUUCCCCAAGAAGGACCGCUACCGUGCGUACACUCAGGGCAGCAUGUUUCUGAACUGGAUUGCUGUGCUGUGCCGCCCGCGUCCGCCAACGUACAUGCGCUUCAAGAGCCCUCACGUGGAGGGUGACCAGCGCUUGUUCCCGCAGACGACCAAGUCGUGGCGGGCUGCUCGCAAGGACCGUGCCAACAAUGUUAUUGACGACACCAACACCGCCACGGACAACACAUUCAGCAAGGGCGGCAACGACCUCGAGAUGCAGCACGUCAACGGCGUCGUCGGCAACGCGAAUGCUGCGGCCGACACGGCGCCGUCGACGGCAGCCGGUGCCGAACCCUUCACACCCGGCUUCCAAGGACCCGUGGCGUUACGCAACAGCGCGGCACAGUAG